CGCCAGCGCCAACUGGAAACUAGCUUAAUUUGGGCUCGGAACCGAGGAGGACAGAAGCCGCCACAGCCAUGACUAGAGGAAGUGGUCGCCCGCAGAAAAGUUCUGAAAAUGCUCCAGGUCAGAAAGGCAAAGUAACUAAGAGCAACAGAAAAAAGGUUCAGCCCCUGUCAAAGCUGCAGUGCGAGAAGAACCAGCUGGUACUUGAAGGUGUCGCUGAGCCUUGUAUUCUCAUCGAGACGUCUGAGAAGGGAGACGGAGUCGACUGUGAUGAGACCGACUGUGAAGUUCUCACUGCGGUUCAGCCUUCACCUCUGCCUCAUCUUGGAUGGGGAUCUUUUGAAGACGUGUGGGUGAAGAUGGUCGACAAGGAGCUGAAUUAUAGACACAGCAAAAACUUCAUGCAGAAGCAUCCCAGCAUACAACCCAGAAUGAGAUCAAUCCUCCUCGACUGGUUAAUUGAGGUGAGUGAGGCGUACGCUCUUCACCGGCAGACGUUCUACCUGGCUCAGGACUACUUUGACCGGUUCAUGUUGACCCAGAGCAACAUUGAAAAGGGAAUGCUGCAGCUCGUUGGCAUCACUUGUCUUUUUAUAGCAUCAAAGAUGGAGGAAGCAUGUCCUCCAAAGCUCUCGCAGAUGGCGUAUGUGACUGCAGGGACCUGCUAUGAAGACGAGAUUCUUCAAAUGGAGUUAAUCAUUUUAAAGGCUUUGAGUUGGAACCUCUGUCCUGAAACAGCCGUGUCCUGGCUGAAGCUUUACUUCCAGAUGGCAUCAAUGAACACCGACUCUGACCUGCUGGAGCCGCAGUUUUCACAGGACGCUUACAUACAGAUGACACGUCUUUUAGACCUGUGCAUCCUCAACAUAAACUCUCUGGACUUCCAGUAUCGAGUGUUGGCUGCAUCAGUCCUAUCCCAUUUCAUUCCACAGGAAACAGUGGAAAAAGUUUCAGGUCUGUCGAGAGACGCCACCCAGCUGUGUGUUAACUGGAUGGCCCCCUUUGUGGAAUCGCUGGGCUGGUUUGGCAGGGCGACACUGAGGAAUUUUGCCAGAAUAAAGACAGAAGACAGACACAACAUCCAGACGCACACAGACUACAUGACCAUGCUGGACGCCACCAGUAAAAAGGAGGUGGACAGCCCGUUCCCCACUCCUCCCAACAGCACAGAGAAAGCCCACACACACUGAACAUCAAGAGGACGACUGAAGCGAGUGUGGACAAAGAGGACACAGGGUUUACGUCCCACAAAGACUGGGUCCUGUCUGCUGGAGGCCGCUCAUAGCCAGCAGAGGGGAAAAAAAAAAUGGACGGGACUUUUAUUUCACAGCUGCUGAUGUGAAAUCUGUCACUGAAUGCAUUAUCCAGAAUAAUGUGCCAAUAUUUUAAAGACUCUUAAAUCUUGGCCAAACCUUUUUUUUUUUUUUAAUUAUUA